CCCUUUCGGCCCUCCCUCGGCCCCAUUUCCGGCCUGGGCGAGGGAGGGGGGCGCGGCGCAAGCAGGGGCGGCCGCUGCUGCUGCUGCGUGAGGCGAGGCCGGGGCUGGGCUGGAGGGGCCGACGGAGCCCCCCGAGGUGAGCGAAGCGGGGCCGCGUGUGCGGCGCAGGGGGCGGGGAAGAGGACCUCCCCCGCCUCGGUCGUGUUUACUCGCGAGGAAGCCCAUCCCCGGCCGCGGGGGCCGACCCCCGAGUAAAGCUGCGCCGCCUGCGCGCCUCCAGGCUCGGUGUUUACUCGCAGAUUUCGUUGCUCCGUGGCGGCCGUAGCUGGAGCCUGGGCCAGCAGAACUCCCCUCUCGCCACAGACAUGCCAACGGCAGGAUGAAGCUGCAGGCCGUGGUGGAGCAGCUGCAGAAACAGCAGCAGCAGCAGCAGCAGACGACCCCCCUGCAGAUGGAUUCCAGGGAGAGGCAGCAGAGGCAGAUGCGCGAGGCGCAGCUGCACUACGGCCCGCAGCUGACGGCGCAGCAAGCGGCGUUCUCGGCUGCGUCCGGCAAGCCUUCCGGCGGCGCGGCCCACCCUCCUCCGGCCCGAGUCCCGCCUGUGUUCGGGGCUGCCCGAACGUUCGACCAGAGCAGCGUGAACUCGGAGGAGGAGGAGGACGAGGAAGGCGAUGAGGACUUGGAAGACCGGGACCUGGAGGAGGAUGCCGCCUCGCGGGGCAAGGACGUGUGCUCUGCGCUGAAGUAUUUCCAGGCUUCCAAAGCGGUCCCCCACAACCAAAGAGUGGCUUCCUCCUCGCACCCCCUGCCAGCCCUGGGGGCGCAGCGAGGACACCAGGGAAAGGAAGAGCAGGGUAAAGAGGCUGCAACCCCCCUGUAUUCUGGCUCCACGUCCGGGAGGCAGACUUGGAGGCUGGACGAGCAGCAGCUGAAGCAGAACGGGAACCUGAGCUGGAAUGAAGACGCGGACAACAGCCGAGGAAGAGAGGUGUCUCGAGAUUUUGCCAAGUUGUACGAACUGGACGGAGAUCCCGAGCGGAAGAAGUUCUUGGACGACCUCUUCGUUUUCAUGCAGAAAAGGGGAACGCCAAUCAACCGCAUCCCCAUCAUGGCGAAGCAGAUCUUGGACCUCUACAUGCUCUACAAGCUGGUGACCGAGAAGGGUGGGCUGGUGGAAAUCAUCAACAAGAAGAUCUGGCGGGAGAUCACCAAAGGGCUCAACCUCCCCACCUCCAUCACCAGUGCCGCCUUCACGCUUCGCACACAGUAUAUGAAGUACCUCUACGCCUACGAAUGUGAGAAGAAGGCUUUAAGCUCCCCCGCGGAGCUGCAAGCCGCCAUCGACGGCAACCGGCGGGAAGGACGCCGGCCCAGCUACAGCUCCUCCUUGUUCGGCUACUCUCCUGCAGCCGCAGGGGCGCCGCCUUCACUCCUGUGCCCCCCCAAGAUCCGCUUCCCAGUCGUCAGCCUCGCCCCCAGCGGGACAACCAGCAGCCCUCACCUGUCUCUGGCAGCAACUCUCAGGAAAGGCGAUGGUACCCCCGUGACCAUGUCCACGCCAAAUCGUGUUGCCAUGCCUGUGACCUUGGCUAGCCAGCAGGCCACGGCGGCGGCCCGGACAGCCACCCUGGAGCAGCUGAGGGAGCGGCUGGAGUCCGGGGAACCCCCCGAGAAGGUCUCGCGGAUGACGGAGGAGGAGCAGCGGUUCGUGCAGCAGGCCUUCCAGCGCAACCUGUUCAGCAUGGCCCGGCAGCUGCCCAUGAAGAUCAAAAUCAACGGCCGAGCAGAAGAUAAGUCAGAUUCGGCGGCGUCAGCAGCGUCGGCAUUGAAUUGGACCCCGUCUGGCUUUGGAAGCAUCAACAUGUCGGUGGAAAUCAAUGGCACAAUCUAUGCUGGGGUGCUGUUUGCCCAGAAGCCGGUCGUUCACCUCAUCGCUGGAUCCAGCACGCAGAGUACCGGCGGCGGAAGCAGCAACAGCUCCCACUGUUCCCCCAGCCCCACCUCGUCCAGGGGCACCCCCAGCGCUGAGCCCUCAACCAGCUGGUCUCUCUGAGGGAAACCGAGGGGCAGGUCUCCGGCAAACCUGAAAGGAGCCCGCUGAGUUUUCUCUUUCUUUCUUUUUUUUUUUUAAAAAAACCCUCACUUGAGGGCACCCGCUUUUGCGACGGGCUGACGACAGAGAACGGGAGAUUCCGUGCUGGUUGAGUUCCCUGCGGGGACGGUUCUCGCGGCCUGUCCUCAACCUUUCUUCAGGUUCUAACUGUGUCCUUGACGGCGGAGGGAGGUGGAGAAAAGGGACACAGGGCGUGUUUCAAUCAGGGAUUCUCUCGAGGGGCUGCGCGUUUCUGCAGAUGACCGAGCAUCGCCGUGGUAGCGGAAGGCUGGAGGGGGGGUUAGGAACCCAUUCCACAAAUCGGAAGCCAAAAAGAGCAUGCUUUUUAAUUAUUUUUAAAAAAAUGUCUGCAAGUGUAUUGACAAUCCUUACCUGGGAGGCGGUAGUGGGACAUGGCUGAUUCUCUCUUGCCCUCCCUCUUAGAUUCUUUGCAACUUGGCACGUGCGUUCACUGACUCACUCGACCAUUCUGUGCAUCGAUGGCAUGAAUCUCCUCUUUUCCUGUCCCGUUCUGUCCCGUUUGCCCCUUCUUUCUUGAGUUCAGCCUGCCGCCUUCCUCCGGAGGGUGUUAAUGGUGCAAGAAUGUGUCUGCUACAUCUGCAGUGAGACUUGGGGAAGGGGAGAGGGUAUCGGUGCUGCCUUCUCCAUGCUGAAGACUUUCACAAGCUCCCGGAAAGACCGCCUCCCAGCCGAGCUGAGCCUUCCUCUUCUCAUUCACGGGUACAGAGACCUUUGGGGCUUUUCUUCUCUUUGCCUGCCAAAUUUCUCAGAGUAAGGGCUGUUGGAGGUUUCCUCAAGAGGAGGGGUGCAGAUGUCAUACACAGCUCCCCUCCCAUUCUGUGGUGGCUCCCGACCUCCUCUGGGGCUCGGCAUUUGCUGCCAGGAUUCCCCCUUUCCAAAAUCGUCAGCAGGUCCAAGUGAUCUGUGUUCAGUUUUAUUAUCCUUUUAUCCUGCUCGUCGUCCAGAGGGCUCGGGAGAGCAACAUGCGGUUCUCCUUUUCCUCUGCAACGCCCCUGAGAGGGUAGGCCAAGCUGGUAACGAGCAAUAGGCUCCCAAGGUCAGGUGAGAGAGUGGUUUGAACCUCUCUGCCAUCCCGUCCCCUCGUCCGUCCGUUGUGCUCCGAUUGCUACCCCUGCUGACUCUGUGGGGCAUUUGCAAAAGGGAAAGCAACCUCUCCUUGCACACAGCAGGCUCCACCCCCACCUCGUGUAGCUACGUCACCCUCCCAAGCCCCUCCUCGUGUGUACUUCCUUUUGAAAUCAUCACAAGGAUCAGGGAAGCAGUCUGGGUUGUGUCCACAUCUGCCAUUUCUCCUCUUGAUGAUUUCUUCUAGAUGCUUCCCUGAUUGUCCUCCUCUUGCACCCGGGCACAACAGUCAUUCCGUGUAGGACCCUCUCACCCUCAUCUCGAUCCAUUCAUUCAUACCCACCCCACCCAGGUCAGCCUUCCCCUCUCCUACACCAGGGAUCUUGCUUUUCCUCCAGUUAUGCAUCCCAUUCAUUCAUACCUCCCCAGAUCAGCCUUCCCCUCCCCUACACCAGAGAUCUCGGUCAUCCUCCAGUUAUGCAUCCCAUUCAUUCAUACCCCCCCAUCAGCCUUGCCCUCCCCUACACCAGUGAUCUCGGUCAUCCUCCAGUUAUGCAUCCCAUUCAUUCAUAACCCCCCCAUCAGCCUUGCCCUCCCCUACACCAGAGAUCUCGGUCAUCCUCCAGUUAUGCAUCCCAUUCAUUCAUAACCCCCCCAUCAGCCUUGCCCUCCCCUACACCAGUGAUCUCGGUCAUCCUCCACUUAUGCAUCCCAUUCAUUCAUAACCCCCCAAAUCAGCCUUGCCCUCCCCUACACCAGUGAUCUCGGUCAUCCUCCACUUAUGCAUCCCAUUCAUUCAUAACCCCCCCACCCCGAUCAGCCUUGCCCUCCCCUACACCAGUGAUCUCGGUCAUCCUCCACUUAUGCAUCCCAUUCAUUCAUAAUCCCCCACCCCGAUCAGCCUUGCCCUCCCCUACACCAGUGAUCUCGGUCCUCCUCCACUUAUGCAUCCCAUUCAUUCAUAAUCCCCCACCCCGAUCAGCCUUGCCCUCCCCUACACCAGUGAUCUCGGUCAUCCUCCACUUACGCAUCCCAUUCAUUCAUAACCCCCCCCCCCCGAUCAGCCUUGCCCUCCCCUACACCAGUGAUCUCGGUCAUCCUCCACUUAUGCAUCCCAUUCAUUCAUAAUCCCCCACCCCGAUCAGCCUUGCCCUCCCCUACACCAGUGAUCUCGGUCAUCCUCCACUUAUGCAUCCCAUUCAUUCAUAACCCCCCAAAUCAGCCUUGCCCUCCCCUACACCAGUGAUCUCGGUCAUCCUCCAGUUAUGCAUCAGCCUCUCCUGAGCAGAUAAAAAUAUACCUCAGAAAAUAUGUACUUAAUUGCUGUGUGUGUAUGUGUGCGCGUGUGUUGUUUUUUUUCCCCUCCUCUCUCUGUUCUGGAAGGAUUUGCGUAUGCUAAAACUUCUUUUUAUAUGUCUUGUUGACUGCUUGUAUUUUUUUUUAUUUUAUAUAUCGUAGCACCAAAGACACACCCAGCCCCCUCAAAACGGAACCCCUGAGUGGGAAGGUUCAGGUAGCUUUUCGAGAUCUCCCGAUUUGGCACGGAAGCACUUGGCUUAUAGUAUCUCAGGCAAAGGGGCUGCUAGUGGCAGCGGUCGCUGGUGGAUCUCUCAGGCCGGCUUGUCUUAUUCUUGAUUUAAAAAAUUAAAGGUGUGUAUAUGUGUCAAGGGGUCAGGGUUUCUGGAACACCCCAGGUUAGACAUGUACUGAUUUCCCCAUGCACCGGAUCGCCUUUUCUCUUCCCCUGAUUCUCUAAGCGCUGCUCACAAGAAGCGGUGACGGAAAGGAAGGUAGGCCUGUCCACAGCACUCCCGAGUUUGUACGCUCCGAGCCCCGGCGUACAUGGUAGGUAUGAACUCGGGACUGGAACGAUUAAGAGUCUUUGGUUCAAAAAAUCAGCUGGGUCUCAUCACGAUUCCAAAUAGAAUCCCCCCUCCCCAUAUAAGACGCCUUGUUGACAGUGGUCACUUUCCAGAGGGGAGGCAGGAUUUCCAUCUUGGAAAUUCCAUAGGCACUUUUAUCUUCGCUUCAGUUGCUGCUCUGUUGCCGUUCCCCCGAGCUGAGGGGAAAGACCACGUAGACACGUCAGGGAAGAAAAUCCCAGCUGGGCUUCUUUUCUGACCUCUCUGAGGCAUGUGGCAUUUGGAAGCAGCUCCCGUGGGAAAGAGUAAUUAGCUGAACACUCCCUAACCAGCAAAGCCGCCCUUUUUUGGUGUGUUGUCCAUUCAGUUACCAGCCGGGCCUUUUAAAAAAAAGAAAAGAAAAUGUGGUCGUGGGGUUCUGCCAGCCCAGAAGAUGAUUUCUGAGACCAGUGCUUCAGAGACUUUACAGUGGUAGCCCCCCCACAUCGGCACAUACAGAUCUGACCCUUCUGUGAGCAAGCUGGCCUCUCGAGGCGCAGCACGCUGCUUCUCUUUCCGACUGUAAGGUGAGGGCAAACGUAAAUGGGUAUCGCCCUGCUGAAGCCACCCUGGGGAAAAAAGGGGUUGCCCAGAAAAAUAGUUUGCAGCCCCCAUCCGAAGAGCAAAGCAGUCAUUCCGCAGGCCCUUGGGGUGAAUCCAGGCGCCCUUUGUCAACAAUUCUGUUCAGACCGUGACUCCUUGAGAGCUUUCCAUCCCUUGGGAAAAGAUUGAGACAGAAAAGGCUAGCUUAGAGAGCCAAAGCUGAAUUCAGGGAUUCAAGGGCUGUCUUCAAUUUUGUGCAAUAAAAGUUAGUCCCAGCAUGGCAGGUCAGAAAUGGGAGCAGGCCGAAGGGUUUUUUAUUUACUAAACCCACCAAUCUCAAUACUAGCUUUUUAAUUUUUAUUUUGGUGGGCAGCGAAACUGGGCAGGUAGCGUAGGGCCUCAUCCCGCGGUGACUUUGGCUUUCUCCUCGGUGCAGAAUCUGCAUCGUAAUCCAGCGAUCAGUCCCCCUUGUUUCUCUGGGAUGUUUAAUUGUUUGCACCUUGAGUUUCCCUUCCCAUGCAAAAAAGCUUUGUUGGAUUGAAGACACCUCCCCAGCCUUGUUAGGCUUCAGCGCCCCAACAUUCAGCAAGCCCCAAUUUUCCUCCCCGAGUGCCUGAACAAAAUGGAAGGGGAACUUUUUUUAAAGCGAACAUUCGGCAGCCGGAACGGAUUCCGCGAAUAUUCUCCAAGACGAAUCGACGGUUGCGUGCCUGCCUUCAUUUCUUAGCUACCUAGGUUGGUUGGUCCCUGUUUCAAAACUUGUAAUUCUCGCCCUCCUUUGCAAAUGUAGGAUUCUGAAUCACUGCUCAAGGAGGGGUUUUAUUGAAGGGGGGGCGCUUUUCCUGAAUGAAUGUGGGUUUGGGAUGGGUUUUUUUUUGCAAAUUCGGAGGUCAAAACAGAAUUUUAAGAGUUGGUUGCAGUUGUGUUGGCCAGACGUGACUAUUAAGGCAGACCUGUUUUCUUAUCACUGCGUAUGCCCAGCUGCAUAUGAAUCAGGGGGCAGAGAUCCGUGGGGCCAUGUGCUAGUUGUAGGGGGCCUGAACCCUCCUCACGCUUCCUGCUUGCUUCUGACAUCACUUUCCCCCCUCAACUUGCUUUGGAUUUCUGGGCUUGACUUAACAAAAGCACUUGGGGGAAGAGAAAGACUCAGAGAGGGGAGAAUUCGUAUUUUGACCAACCUGCCCCUGUGGGCCUGAAAACCGAACCUCCACCAACCCUGCUUCGUGCACAGUUGGGGUAGAGCCAAAGCUUAAAACCGAUGCCUACAGCCUGUUUGUCUAACUUUGGCCCCGUUUCGCCUCGAACGUCGCAUACGCUUGCACAGAAAGCCGCUUGGAUCACAGAGGAAAAGUUUCCGCGCCACGAGAGUUUCCACGCCCCCGAGCUUCCCGGCUUAGCGGGGCACCGGGCAGGGACGACGAAGAUUGUCUGAAUCCAGUUCAGGGAAAAAGGGUAGACCAUUCUGGGAUUUGUAACCGUAUAUACCUCAUUUUAAAUAAGCUGCAGCAACGCUCUGGGGCCUUUUUCUUUCUGGGGUCAGCUGUUUUAAACUGUGAAAAUCACACCCCUUUCCCUCCGCCCUGGUUUUUUGAUGCUGGUAAUUUUGACUGCAUUGUUUUGUUUUUGUUUUCAAAGCCGUUUUAGCUGCUUUCACCGGGCUUUGGGGGGGGGCGGCGGCGAGGGAAGACUGGAAUGAGCUCGGAACCGGCAGCAGAAAAGUAGCUUGUUGGGCCGGUGGGGGGGGGGGAUGCUUUUGCCCAACCUGUCUUGGUUGCCGACCUUCAAAGAUUUCGAGGCACUCAGGGCUUUUGAUACGGGAGAAAGGGCUGUUCCUUCUAUGAGCUGGGUUUCCUUUGGCCUGGGCGCUCUGUCUCUCCCUCUCUAUGCUCCUUUGAGCACCAGGCCAAACUCCCAGCUUGUGAGAGGGGCAAAAACCAAACCCUCGAUCAAAGCAAGCGCCGGUCUUUGGGCCCAGUGUUUGACCCUUGAUCUCAGGACCCCCCAGCCUGUCUUAACCUGAGACUUUUUUUAGCUGGCGAUUCCGAGGACUCGAAACUGGGACCUUCUGCACGCCGGCGAGCCUGUGUCGACUGACCAUGCUUCUCUUUUGAGUCUGGCAAAGGGGGACCCGAAGCUUUCUGGCUGUACCAGAAGAUUUAAGGAUACUGUUCCUUUGACCAUCGAGGUGGGAGGGAGGAAGCGCCCCCCCCCAUCCUGCCCCAAGUCUGCUCAGGGCUGUCCUGAACAAACCAGCUUGGAUACGCGAAGUCCUUUCCCCAGCUCUUUCCGGGCGGGUUCCGAGGACAAGCUGCUCCCCCGAUCAGCAGCCGCCGCCGCCUUGCGACUAGUUUUAUCAUUAACUAUUUAAAGGAAAAUAAAAUGUGAUAGCCUAGAUGGUGAAUUAAAUACCUCAGAUGUGUCCUUCCAGCAAGUCGUCUGUAUAUGUUGUUGUUGGAUUUUUUUUCUAUCUUACAUGUUAUCUGAAUGUUUAUAUUCCAAUAAACUUCUACCUCUUCAUA